CCGCCGCUCGGGCGGGCGGCGAGGAUGAGCGGCCAUGGCCCGGGAGGGCGGCGGCGGCGCGGCGGCUCCGGAGCGCGCGGGGGGCGCGGCGCGGCGGGAGCCAUGGGAGCUGUCCCUGGAGGAGGUGCUGAAGGUGUACGAGCAGCCCAUCAACGAGGAGCAGGCCUGGGCGGUGUGCUUCCAGGGCUGCCGCGGGCUGCGGGGCGCGCCGAGUGCCGGGCGGCGCAUCCGGGACACCGCGGACAUCCUCCUGUACAGGGACGGCUCGGUCGGCGCGCGGCUCUUGCCGGAGCCCACAACCAUGGUGGUACCACCAGCCAGCUCAGAAGCCCAGAUGGUGCAGUCUUUGGGCUUCGCUAUCUACCGGGCAUUGGACUGGGGAUUAGAUGAGAGUGAAGAGAGAGAGCUCAGCCCACAGCUGGAGCGGCUCAUUGACCUCAUGGCCAACAGCGAUUGCGAGGACAGCAACUGUGGGGCAGCAGAUGAAGGCUACGGGGGUCCAGAGGAAGAGGAGGAGGCUGAAGGUGGCCCCCGAUCUGUGCGCACUUUCGCCCAGGCCAUGCAGAUGUGCGCUGCACGCCUUACUGACCCCCGUGGUGCACAGGCCCACUACCAGGCAGUAUGCCGAGCUCUCUUUGUGGAGACACUGGAACUUCGUGCCUUCCUGCUCAGGGUGCGUGAGGCCAAAGAGAUGCUGCAGAAGCUGGGGGAGGAUGAGCCGCAGGUAGAGAAGCCUCUGGCUGAGCUUGACCACCUGGGACACACAGACUGGGCCCGGCUGUGGGUUCAGCUUAUGAGGGAGCUGCGCCAUGGAGUAAAGCUCAAAAAGGUACAGGAGCAGGAGUUCAACCCACUGCCCACCGAGUUCCAACUCACCCCCUUUGAGAUGCUGAUGCAGGACAUCCGUGCCAGGAACUAUAAGCUGCGCAAGGUCAUGGUUGAUGGAGAUAUCCCUCCCAGGGUGAAAAAAGAUGCACAUGAACUCAUCCUUGACUUCAUCCGCUCACGACCUCCACUGAAGCAGGUCUCAGAGAGACGGCUUCGCCCUGUACCACAGAAACAGAGGACACUGCAUGAAAAGAUUCUGGAGGAAAUUAAGCAAGAACGGAGACUCCGUCCAAUGGGGAGCCAGCAUUUGGGUACUCGUGGUGAGCAAGGAGAGGGCAUGAUGGGGUUUGGUUCUCUGCCCUGCAUCCUCAAUGCCUGCUCCGGGGACAUCAAGUCCACUUCCUGCAUCAACCUGUGUGCCACAGAUGCUGGGAAUGGAAGCCAACGUCCAAGGCCCCGGGUUCUGCUCAAAGCCCCCACCUUAGCAGAGAUGGAAGAAAUGAACACAUCUGAGGAAGAAGAGUCUCCAUGUGGGGAGGUGACACUGAAGCGAGAUCGCUCUUUUUCGGAACAUGACCUGGCUCAGCUUCGGAGUGAGGUAGCAUCUGGCCUGCAGUCAGUCACUCAGCCCCCAGGAGGAAUAGAGCUACCCCGGCCCCGGGCAGGUAGCAUGCAUACUUGGAAGCCCAGCACUGGAGACCAGGUUUCCUGUCCUAUGAGUGUCCAGUCUCAGCCUGGCUCCAGAUCCCCUAUGCCCAGCAACCUGAACUCAAUGGACAGACCUGAGGCUUCUGCACCAGAUACCAGACACCUAUGGCUGGAGUUCAGCCACCCUGUGGAGAGCCUGGCUUUGACUGUGGAGGAAGUGGUGGAUGUGCGCCGUGUGCUAGUGAAGGCUGAGAUGGAAAAGUUCCUGCAGGACAAGGAGCUCUUCAGCAGUCUGAAGAGGGGGAAGAUUUGUUGCUGCUGCCGAGCAAAGUUUCCCCUCUUCUCCUGGCCUCCUACCUGUCUCUUCUGCAAGAGAGCUGUCUGCACUUCCUGUAGUGUAAAGAUGAAGAUGCCUUCCAAGAAGUGUGCACACAUCCCUGUCUACACACUGGGUUUUGAGAGUUUUCAGAGGGUGUCAACUACAAAAGUCUUGCCAAUGCUGAGGAGAGAUGCCUUCCAAUCCUUGCAGGGACCUCAGUGGCGGAGCGUGGAGGAGGAGUUUCCCCACAUCUAUGCCCAUGGCUGUGUCCUGAAGGAUGUUUGCAGUGACUGCACCAGCUUCGUGGCUGAAGUAGUAUGUUCCAGCCGCAAGAGUGUGGAUGUCCUCAAUGCCACUCCACGCCACGGCCGCCAGAUCCAGUCCCUCUACAUCCCAAACACCAGGACUCUCAACUUCCAGUAACUAUCUUGAUGGCCAGGCCUGUACCAGGCUGUGCCACCCUGCUCCCCAUCCUGGAACACUGCUGAGGCCUACCACCUUGCGCAUGUACAUAUAUACAUAUAUAUAUAUAUAUAUAGAUUUAUAAUAUAUACACCUAGCCUAUAUAUUUAUAUACAUUGUCUUGCCCCACAGUUCAUUUGGAGCCAGGAUUUCUCCAGGACCCACCUUUUCCCUUUCCUCUCAGGACUCUUUGGAAAGGCAGGGAAGGAAUCAGGAGAAUGGAGGGAGGGCAGGGGACUCUGGAUCUUGGGGCUCUUAGCACAGCUCUCCUGUCCGUGCCCUUGUUCUCUUCACCUCAGUAGUGAACAUGUGGCAGCCUCCCUUCCCUGGGUCGAUGUCCAAUCUGGGACAAGGUACCUUGGUUCUCAGGUGAAUUAAGUACCAGGUCUGCCUCUGCUGUCCUUCAGGGUGCUCAAACAGCCAUCAGCAUCUGGGAGGCCUCUGAGUGGGUGGGAUUCUCAUAGGAGACAGCCUAGGCACCCCAAGUCAAGCUUGAUUUUUGUCCCUUGCUGAUGUUGUGUGACUUUUCUUUGGGAGACAUGAGGAAAUUCCAUAUAGGGCACUAACAUAUCAAAGAAAUGAUUCCACCUAAAUCUCACUUGAUGAACCAGUGAGUUUAUUGAGGUUGCAAAAGCAUAGUGAAGGUUACUUAUGGGAACAUGAGUGACUCUCAGGUAGCUGUAUCACCCCAGAGCCCCAUCUCAGCAUAAGUGAUAACUCAUAAAAGCUUCACCACUGGAAUUCCCACCCCCAACCAACUUUCCAUUCCUAUAUUAAGACCAUGGUGGAGCUGGGAGGCAGAGUGGAGGGGUGGCUGCAAUCUCAGGUGAGGUUCUAGUGACCCCCUUCCUACCAGGGAAUGUUAAUAACCCCAUAACCGUUACCAUAGACCUACCUAUCAUUACUGUAUUGUAUUGUUUUACUUACUUUAUGGCUAUGACUGAAGGCCAAGGCAGUCUGUAAGUUAACACAGCUACCUGGUCAUGUUAAUUAAGCCCAGGGGAAAUAGUUACACCGAAGUUUCCAGGAAGGGCCUAUACUAAGCACCCUGCCUAUGUACAUGCACUCAAAUGGGUUCUGUUAUCACCCCACCUUGCAGAUUUGGAAACAAAGGUUCAGUAAGGUAAAAGGAUUUGACAGUUUAUCCCAGAAUAUGCCAAAACGUCAACUGAAGCCUAUUGGCUGACUCUCGGCUCUGAUACUCUGCCUAGAGCUGGAGGAGGCACCUAUGGGAAAUGACUUGUGACAAAUGAAGCUGUGGGAAUGAAUCAUAUAUGAAAUUAGAGCAGCCAAUAAAAACAGCUAGCCCCCAGCACUUGAAUACUUCACAGACUGCCUGUCUUUUUUUUUAAAGAAAGGCAGAGAGGGUCAGGAAUUGCUGCUGUCACCCAACCAGCAAGGAAAACAUUCAUGUUUGGCUAGAUGUGUAACUUUAAUCGCAGCACUAGGGAAGCAGGCAGGAAGAUCUCUGUGAGUUCCAGGCUAGCUAGGGCUACAUAGUGAGACUCUAUCCACAAAACACUCAUGUUUGGACCAGGUAUGGUGGCUUAUACCUGUAAUCUCAGCACUUGGGAGGCAGAGUUAGAUCAUGAAUUUGAGGCUAGUCUGGGCUACAUAGCAAGUU